CAUGGCGUCGUCCUCUUCGUUAGGACGCGUUUUGACUCUGUGCAAACAGUUUCAGAGCGUCUUCAGGAUAUCUCCAGCGAUAAACGUUCAGCACUGCUCCGUAAAUCUGAAAAUCUGCCAGCAAAAUCUUCUAAGUGAAAGAAUCUCCCUGAUUGCCCCUCCCUGGAUCUCUCCCAUCAACUCUGUGGCUCAGCAUCGAGCUCUGCACACGAGCGUCAGCAGAAGAGGCCUGGAAGAGUUCUUUGAUAACCCUGAGAACUGGGGAGAGUCCACUGUGAAGUCAGGAGCUCCAUGGACAGCAAAACAGCUGAGAACAAAGAGUAAUGAGGACUUACACAAACUCUGGUAUGUGCUGCUGAAGGAAAGGAACAUGCUGCUGACACUGGAGCAGGAGGCAAAAAGACAGAGGGUCCAGAUGCCGAGUCCUGAACGGCUGAGGAAGGUGGAGCGGUCAAUGAUCAGGCUGGACACGGUGGUGAACGAAAGGGAGACGGCAUUACGUCUGCUGCAGACGGGACAGGAGAAAGGCCGGCCGGGAGCUUGGAGGAGGAACAUGUUCGGAUUUGAAUACUGGUAUCGCUUCAAGGAAUAUGCAAUUCCGUGGUACAUGAAUAAAAGAUAUAAGCGCAAGAAAUUCUACACACCCUACUUUGUCCAGCCUCACAUAAGGUUGCGUAUUGAGAAAUUCCUUCGGGAAAAAGCCAGAAAAGCAGUUAAAGAGGAAAAGCUUGGCCAAAUUAAAGGAGAGGUUUCCUCAGAUGAAGGUUCCAUCUUCAUGAAACUGCAAAACUUUUUUCCCCCCAGUGGAGUAUGCUAUAAAACAGUGACCUGAUUGAGUUCAUGAAAUUUGGUUAAAUAAGAUAAACUGUCUCUUUUGGAUGUGUUCCGUUUCAUUACUGACACGUGAGAAUAAAGCAACCUCAGACUUAUAAAAUAAACAACUUCUAAAUUUCAAAUAUACAUGUAACCAUAACAAAAAUGACUUUAUUUUUCAAAGAUCAUAUGAAGCCAAUGACAAGUAAAAAAUGAAUUAAAUACAGAUCUUAGUUGAAAUAUGACUAACCAGGGGCAAAUGCUCUCAAAUUUACCAAUUGUACAAAAUAAACAGAAGACAUUCACAUCAAGUUAUAUGAUGCUUCCUCCAGAUUAAAAUCCUUUUAUCACUUAUGGUCUUACCCUUUUAGUUUCCUGCUGUGAUCCUGCACAAGUGUUUCUGACUUUCCUCUAAAUGUAAUUAUAAACAACGUAUCACUGCAUCAUUUCCAUCAACAGGUAACAGAUAAGGCAACAGUCUGUUUUUAAUCUAAAAAAAAAAA